AUCGUCUAUGAUUUAUAAAAGGACCCAUGGUAUACCCAAUAAUUUCCCCUUCUUUGAUGUGGAUGCCAUAAUAUACUUCACCUGCUUGGGUUAGGCCACUCAUUUUAAUUCCCCACUCGUUUCCAACUUCCUGCAAGCAAAGAUGAAGCAACAAGGCUCAAUUAUUCCUCCUCAUGUACUAAUCUUUCCAGGUCCAGGUCAAGGUCAUGUCAACCCGAUGCUCAAGCUUGCUGAGCUUUUAGGCCUCUCUGGUCUUAAAGUUACCUUCCUAAACUUUCAGUUCAUCCAUGACCAACUACUCCUUCAUGCAGAUAUUGAAGCUCGUUUUACAAAAUAUCCAGGAUUCCAAUUCAAGAAAAUUCCAGAUCGUAUGUCAGUUCCUCGAGCAGAAAGGCCAGAAGAUAUGGCUGAUAUAAUUAAAGACUUGAUAGAGAGAAUGAAAACAUCGAGCAAGACACUUAAGAAGAUACUGGUUGAGAAUAGUCCACCUAUCGACUGUAUCAUAGCAGAUAUGCUUAUGGGAUUUGUCCAUGAUGUUGCCAAGGAGGUUGGAAUUCCAGUUAUUCCUUUUGAAAAUGCUAGUUCUUGCUCCUUCUGGACGGUUCUUUCUAUCCCUCGCAUUAUUGCAGCCGGAGAACUUCCUAUUAAAGGGAAUCAAGAUAUGGAUCGUCUGAUAACAACAGUACCAGGCAUGGAAACCUUUCUCCGGUGUAGAGAUCUUCCAACUUGUUGCCGAGUUAACGACUUAGCUGACCCUAAACUCUUGAUGAUCACAAACGAGACACGAGAAUCCCAAGCACUCAUUCUCAAAACUUUCGAAGACCUAGAAGCACCAAUACUGUGUCCGUUACGCACUCGCUACCCUAAAAUCUACACCAUUGGACCUCUCCACGAGCUCCUGAAAACAAAACUAAGAAGCAUCAAAAAGCAAGAAUCUUAUUCAUCCUUAAAUCCUCUCUGGGAAGUUGACAGAACCUGCAUCACAUGGCUGGAUAACCAAGCGUCGCAUUCUGUACUCUAUGUAAGCUUUGGUAGUAUUGCAAUUAUGACAAGAGAGCAGCUCAUGGAAUUCUGGUAUGGUCUUGAAAAUAGCAAGAAAAAGUUCUUGUGGGUUAUAAGACCUUAUUCUGUUACUACCAAUGAUGACGGUGUUGAAGAAAUUCCUGAGGAGCUUCAGGAAGGACCAAAGGAAAGAGGAUACAUUGUGAAAUGGGCACCGCAGGAAGAGGUUUUGGCACAUAAGGCAAUUGGUGGGUUUUUGGCACAUAGUGGAUGGAAUUCAACUCUGGAGAGUAUAGUGGCUGGUGUGCCUAUGAUUUGCUGGCCUUGUUUUGGUGAUCAGCAAAUGAAUAGCAGGUUCGUGAGUGAGGUUUGGAAGCUGGGAAUGGACAUGAAGGAUGUAUGUGAUAGAAAGGUUGUGGAGAAGAUGGUGAAUGAUCUGAUGGUGGAUAGGAGGGAGGAAUUUGUGAAAUCAACUGCUAGGAUGGCAGAGUUAGCAAGAAAGAGUGUGACAGAAGGUACCCAUUAUCGUGCAUAAGUAGAGAAGCAUCACAAACAAGGAUUGAAGAGGCAUUACUCAUAGGAAGCACAAUCCUAGGGAGACUGAAACUAUCUGCAAUCUUUUUCUUCCCGCACUUACCUUGCCAUUCCCGCAGCUUAUCCUUCAUCUGACGCCAUACUCAUUCACUUUAUUAUUGUUAAUGAUAUAUAAAUUUGUUUUUCAGACUUAAUUUUUUGCUCUCUACAGGUGCAACAAAUGAGAAACAGCUAGCUUUUAAUCCUCAGGUGGGUUUUGCUUCACAUGAGAAUUGGAAACGGAAAGACUUACAACAGAUGAAGAUGAAGAAACAACCAUUGUCCAGAACCAGUUGAUUGAUAUCUUGGAAAAGGAUGGUAAAAUGCUUACUGCUCAACUUAAAGCACAAAGCACAAAUUUCCAGUUGGAUUGGGAGCAGCGGAAGGACCAUGCAUAUAACUUGGUUUCUGGGUACUUGCAUUUUGUAUCUUCAGAAUUUGGUUUUUUGAGCUGCAAAAUAACAAAUGAAGAAAAGGCGGCUUAAGUAAAGAAAUGGCAACCUUCCACCAGUCCCAAGUUCCUCAGCUUCCUCCCAUCUGAACCCUUCCGUCGGCAACCAGCCAUCUCAACGACACAUACCCCCAAAAAACUUCUACGUCCCAAACCAGAAGCACCUUUCCCAAACCCGCAAUCUUCCAACCAUCUAUUUUGAGAAUUUCCCUCCAACAUCGGAUGCCAAGGGGCUACACAAUGCUUUCUGCAAGUUUGGUGAUAUUGCUGGGAUUUUCAUACCAAAUAAACUAAGCAGAAGAGAAGGAGAUUUGGGUUUGUUCGCGUUCCAUCUAUGGCGCUUCUUUAGCAAACCAUGAAGGACAUAAAAAAUAUAUGGAUAGGCGGCUAUAAACUCCGGGCAUUCAUCUCAAGGUACACAAGGAAACAGCCGAUUUACGGAAACCAAAAUAAGCAGAACGUGCAAGUUUUUGAUAUUUGUCCACCAGUACCACAUCCCAACUCCUCUAAGGCCUACCUGCUGGUUGGAAGUUUUACAUCUGCACAAGAAAAUAUGGAUUGGCUAUCGCGUUCUGCUGUUGCUACAGCCCUUAAUGUCCAUACCAUUCAUCAUUUACAGCAUUACUUCGAAUCUGAAAAGGUUUUUACAGUUAAAGUUCUCCCACUAGGUGACAAAUCCGUUCUUUUAACUUUUGAAGACAAGGCAAUCAUGGAUCAGUUCCUUAGUGGUGAUCAAUCCUGGCUCAAGCAAUGGUUCAUGGACAUUCAACCUUGGGAAGCCAUCCACACUCCCACAAAGCGCCCUGUUUAUUUGAGAGUUUAUGGUGUCCCUCUGCAUUGUUGGAACCUUGAGUUUUUCCGACAAAUGGGGAAUCAAGUUGGGGAGUUUAUCUGUGUCGAUGGUCCUACACAGUGUAAGUCCAAGAUUACUAGUCUGUUCUAACUCUUUAGAUUUCAUUAAUAAAAAUAUUGCACUGGAUAUGGAUAAAAUUCGUUUUAACGUUGUAUUGGUGGAAGAGAUGCUCUGUCCUCUUUUAAUUCCAGUACCAGAGGUGUAGAAUCCUCAUCGGCCACUGGAUCCUCCUUGGAAUCAUCAGAGUCUGAUUGUGAAGGGCUUGGGUGUUACACCGGGAGAUGGAAACGUCGCUUUUGAACGUCUGAAUUUUGCAGACAAUUCCCUUGAUCCUGAGAAAAUGGGGACGUUGCGUGAAGAAGCUUCGGUGGACUCUAGCCGUCAUCUUAACUGUCAUCCUUUAAACUUGGGAGAUACAGAACCCGGGUCCUAUCAGCAAAACACUAAUGUCUCCCUCAGCAUCGAUAAUAUAACUGGGACUCCAUUAUCCGCAGGCAACCAGUCACCAGCAGCCGAUUCUGAAUUGGCAAUGAUUACUAAGCAGGUCACGCUGCUUUUCUCCAAUCCUUUAAGCCUUGAUGAGCUGGAGACAGUGCUCCCACCCGCAGCUAGAGUUAGCUUCUAGUGAGAAUAAUCUCCCAAGCCCAUUGGAGCCCAACUCUAAUGAAAUUAGAAGAAAUGAUACUGGGCCCAAGCACUUUCUAGUCCAUAGCCCUUUAGAAUCCAAUAUUCCUCUCUCUCAAUUCAAAGUUUAACAAAUUGCCAAAACAGAGAGGAAAAGGAAGAGUUGUUGUAGACCUUUGGGACCUGUACCCGAAAUUGACAUCCAACGGUAAAGUAAAGCAAUCUACAUGUAAACCUCUCACAGUUUCUGAUGAGGAUAUUAGGCGUGUGAACUCUAAGCAUUUAGCUACUUUACCUUCCCAUCAACCUAUUCAACUAAUUAAAGAAGCCCCUCUCACAUUAGAGGUGGGAAGAAAUCUUGGGUUUGAUUAGAAUCAGUUAUUGCCUCCAUCAUUAGCCCACAACAAUCUGUGUUUAUAAAGGGGCGGCAAAUAAUGGACAAUUUUCUAAUUCCAAAUGAAGUUAUUGAUUACUGAAAGAAGAAAUUUGGGUUCACUA